CUCUGCUUUGAGGGAGGGAGCGGGUCUAAGGCAGCUGAAUUCAGCUUUACAAUAACUCUGCCGAUGUAGUAGUUAGUCUGCGAGAGGGGUAGCUGGCGGUGUGUUCUCUGCGCUGCUGACUCCCUAGCAAUGGCGCUGAGGACAAGCCAACUCUUCUCCCCUUUUCUAAUCGCGGUAGUACUGAUUUUGGUCGCCGUUGGCCCGCAGGCUGUCAUUUCUUGUCCAAGCCGGUGUUUAUGUUUUCGUACCACCGUGAGAUGUAUGCAUUUAAAUCUGGAAACCGUACCUGCUGUCGCUCCAUCGACAACCAUCCUAGACCUGAGGUUCAACAAAAUCAAGGACUUGCAGCCCGGCUCCUUCAGACGGCUAAAGAACCUCAACACACUCCUCCUCAACAACAACCACAUCAGACGGAUCCCCAGAGGAGCCUUUGAAGACCUGGAAAACCUCAAAUAUCUCUAUUUGUACAAGAAUGAAAUCCAAUCAAUUGACAGACAAGCAUUUAAGGGACUUGUCUCUCUAGAGCAACUGUACCUGCACUUCAACAACAUUGAGUCCUUAGAACCGGAAUCCUUCACCCACCUCCCAAAGCUUGAACGCCUGUUUUUGCACAACAACAGAAUUACCCAUCUCGUGCUGGGGACCUUCUCCCAUCUCCAGUCCAUGAAGAGACUGCGCCUGGACUCUAACACUCUGAACUGUGACUGUGAGCUGCUGUGGCUGGCUGACCUGUUGAAGCAGUAUGCUGAGUCAGGCAAUGCCCAGGCUGCUGCCACCUGUGACUACCCCAGACGGCUGCAGGGACGAUCUGUGGCCACACUCACCGCUGAGGAGCUCAACUGUGAGUUGCCCAGGAUCACGUCAGAGCCCCAGGAUGUUGACGUGACGUCAGGGAACACGGUGUACUUCACCUGCAGGGCCGAGGGAAACCCCAAACCACAGAUCAUCUGGCUUAUGAACAAUAAUGCCCUGAACAUGCAUGAUGACUCUCGUCUCAACCUGCUGGAGGACGGUACUCUGAUGAUCCAGGACACGCGGGAGACGGACCAGGGAGUGUACCAGUGCAUGGCCAAGAACGUAGCUGGAGAGGUCAAGACCUCUCAGGUCACACUCAGAUACUUCGGAGCCCCCUCGCGGCCCAGUUUUGUGAUCCAGCCCCAGAAUACAGAGGUGUUGGUGGGGGAGAGUAUCACCCUGGAGUGUAGCGCUACAGGCCAGCCCCAGCCCCGGGUCUCCUGGACCAAGGGGGACCGCACGCCCCUGCCUACCGAUGCCCGUAUCAACACCACCCCGUCUGGGGGGCUGUUCAUCCAGCACGUGGUGCAGGCAGACGCGGGGCAGUACACCUGCUUCGCCUCCAACAACCUGGACACCAUCCACGCUACCGCUCACAUCAUUGUACAGGCGACCCCCCAGUUCACAGUGACCCCCCAGGACCAGUCAGUGUUGGAGGGUCACACGGUGGACUUCACCUGUGAGGCCAGCGGAUACCCCCAGCCCAUUAUCGCCUGGACGCGGGGGGGCAGCCCCCUGCCCCAGGACCGCCGCCACCUGGUCCUCUCUACGGGCACGCUGAGGAUCGCCCGCGUGGCGACCCACGAUGAGGGCCAGUAUGAGUGCCAGGCCGUCAGCCCGCUGGGCACGGUGCGCACCGCCGUACAGCUUAACAUCCAGCAGAGAGUAACGCCUGUUUUCACAAAUGCUCCAAGGGACGUGACUGUGGAGUCUGGCACGGACGUCCAGAUUCCCUGCAAAGCUCAGGGACAGCCCGAGCCUGUCCUCACCUGGAACAAGGACGGUGUCCAGGUGACGGAAAGUGGGAAGUUCCACAUCGCCCCUGAGGGCUUCUUGGAGGUCAAGGACGUGGGUCUAGCCGACGGUGGACGCUACGAGUGUGUCGCCCGCAACCCUAUUGGCUACCAGUCCGCUAGCAUGGUGCUCACUGUCCUAGUGCCUCCAGUAAGUAGACAAGGGGACACCUUUGUGACGUCGUCUAUUGAAGAGGCCAUCCGCAACGUGGACAGUGCCAUCGAAUCCACCAGGAGGCAUCUGUUUGAUGGUAACCCUCGUACCCCUGGAGAGUUGCUGGCCCUAUUUCGUUACCCCAGGGACCCCUACACAGUGGGGCAGGCCAGGGCGGGGGAGAUCUUCGAACAAACCCUGCUCCUCAUCCAGAACCACGUCAACCAGGGCCUCAUGGUCGACACCAACGGCACAGCAUUCCGCUACAAUGACCUGGUGUCCCCUCACUUCCUGGAUGUGAUCGCCAACCUAUCAGGCUGCACGGCCCACCGCCGCUUCAACAACUGUUCUGACAUCUGCUUCCACCAGAAGUACCGCAGCCACGACGGCACCUGCAACAACCUGCAGCACCCCAUGUGGGGCGCCUCCCUCACCGCCUUCCAGCGCCUCCUCAAGUCAGUCUACGACAACGGCUUCAACCUGCCGCAUGGCGCUAGCAGCCGACAUCACAACGGCCACGCCCUGCCUUUUCCCCGCCUCGUUUCCACCACCAUGAUCGGCACGGAGACCAUCACCCCAGAUGACCACUACACCCACAUGCUCAUGCAGUGGGGACAGUUCCUGGACCAUGAUCUAGAUUCCACAGUUGCCGCCCUCAGCCAAUCACGUUUCUCAGACGGCCAGCUGUGUACCAACGUGUGCACCAAUGACCCUCCCUGCUUCCCAAUCCAGUUCCCCCCGGGGGACCCUCGGCAGGCGCGCAGCGGGUCACGCUGCAUGUUCUUUGUGCGCUCCAGUCCCGUGUGCGGCAGCGGCAUGACAUCACUCCUCAUGAACAGCGUGUUUCCACGGGAACAGAUCAACCAGCUGACAUCGUACAUCGAUGCGUCCAACGUGUACGGCAGCUCACGCCACGAGUCAGAGGAGGUCCGCGACCUGGCCAGUCAGAGGGGUCUGCUGAGGCAGGGCAUCGUCCAGCGCUCUGGGAAGCCCCUGCUACCCUUCGCCACGGGGCCCCCUACAGAGUGUAUGAGGGAUGAGAACGAGAGCCCCAUUCCCUGCUUCCUGGCUGGAGACCACAGGGCCAACGAGCAGCUGGGUCUGACAGCCAUGCACACCGUGUGGUUCAGGGAACACAACCGCAUAGCUACAGAGCUGCUCAGACUCAACCCACACUGGGACGGAGACACCAUCUACCACGAGGCAAGGAAGAUAGUUGGCGCACAGAUGCAGCACAUCACCUACAACCACUGGCUGCCCAAGGUCAUGGGUGACGCGGGGAGGAAGCUGAUUGGCGACUACCACGGCUACAACCCCAACAUCAAUGCCGGCAUCCUCAACGCCUUCGCCACGGCCGCCUUCCGCUUCGGACACACCCUCAUCAACCCCAUCUUGUACCGGCUGGACGAGCACUUCCAGCCCAUCCCCCAGGGCCACAUCUCCCUGCACCGUGCCUUCUUCUCCCCCUUCCGCAUCGUCAAUGAGGGUGGCAUCGACCCCCUACUGCGGGGCCUGUUCGGAGUGGCGGGGAAGAUGCGUGUGUCGACCCAGCUGUUGAACACGGAGCUGACGGAGAGGUUGUUCUCCAUGGCCCACUCUGUGGCGCUGGACCUGGCCGCCAUGAACAUCCAGAGAGGAAGGGAUCAUGGGAUACCGCCCUACAAUGACUACCGGACCUUCUGUAACCUGACCUCGGCACAGAGCUUUGACGACCUGAGGAAUGAGAUCAAGAAUCCCCAAGUCAGGGAGAAGCUGCAGAGGCUAUACGGCACUCCCCAGAACAUCGACCUGUUCCCUGCUCUGAUGGCUGAGGACUUGGUUCCUGGUAGCCGGCUGGGACCCACCCUCAUGUGUUUGCUGGCUGUCCAGUUCAAACGCCUUAGAGAUGGGGACCGGUUCUGGUAUGAGAACCCAGGUGUAUUCACCCCGGCCCAGCUGACCCAGCUGAAGCAGGCAUCUCUGACGAGGGUGCUGUGUGACAACGGUGAUAACAUCACUCGUAUCCAGCAAGACGUGUUCAGCGUGGCACAGCUGCCCCACGGAUAUGGCAGCUGUGACGACAUCCCCAACAUUGACCUGCGCAUGUGGCAGGACUGCUGCGAAGACUGCAGAACCAAGGGUCAGUUCAAUGCCCUGUCCUACCACUUCAGAGGGCGAAGGUCAGUGGACCAGAGCUCUGCAGAGGAGAAGCCUGCAGCCAACAGCAUACAGGAGAACAGCAGCCCAGCUGAAAGCACUCCUGAAAAUCUUGUGAAUGUCUCUCUCACCUGGCAACAAAGCAUUGAACCCUCGCUGAAUGACUUCCAAGACUUUGUGGUGGACAUGCAGAAGACUAUCACAGGUUUACGGAAGCAGAUUAAAAGACUUGAAGCUCGUCUGAGUAAGACAGACUGCACUGAUGCGGAGGGUCGUGAGCGAUCGGACGGAGAAAGGUGGAAGAAGGAUCCGUGCUCCACAUGCGAGUGCAGAGAUGCCCAGGUGACGUGCUUCAUGGAGUCGUGUCCUCCCCCGGUGGAGUGCCAGGAGCCUGUGAAGCUGAAAGGAUUGUGCUGCCCCAUGUGUCUCAACCAAGGAGAGGGAGCAGCCAGUAACAGCCAGACCCAGACAGGGAGCCAGGCGCUGGGUAGCCCUCAUCACGUAUAACCCUCAGGUUCCUAGGAGACGAUGGAUAUGGAGGCGAGGUGACGUCAUUUGGCCGGGUGUGUGAAGCGCAGACUUCUACCUCUCUGAACCCCAUUCCUCUUUAAUGGAAGUCAGAUGGGAGGGUAGGGUGGAACGGGAGAUGGUGUCAAUCAAGUAUCUGGUGCUGCUUUAUUUUCUGGAGGCCCCCUAUUGUUACAAAUCUGCCAACAGAGUGUGUCCCAUUGACGGGGACACACACACACACACGCACGCACACAGAGGCCCAUAAAUCAGAUACAAGUAUGUACAGUAUGCUGUUGGGGUCUGGGGUUUCUCCAAGAAUGUCAAGACAAUCAUGUAGUUGUGGUGGAGCUCAAUAGCAAUGUUGGCACAUUGGUAUCAUACCACAUGGAAUACAUCCUGCAUUAUGUAUUGUAGACUCUUCUUUUCUCCUCCCUCUACUUUCCUCUGCAGUACCUUGGCUUUUACUCCUGCUUCUGUGUGUGUGUGUGUGUGUGUGUGUGUGUGUGUGUGUGUGUGUGUGUGUGUGUGUGUGUGUGUGUGUGUGUGUGUCUGCGUCUGUAUAUGCAUGCAACCCCAGGUUUGGCUCCCAUUGCACUGUGACCUCACUUCCUCUGCAUCGCUGGUUGUCAUGUCAUCUUCAGCCAUGUUGUAAUGAGUACCUUUCGUUGUUUUUUAAAUUUUCAUUCUAACCCUCACGUUACUGGUCUCCCCUUUGUUCCCCAAACCCCCCACUGUCACCAGAAUGCACUGCUCUGCAAGACUGAACAUGCUUUACCUACACUGUCCCAAAGUCAGUGGUCAAAGUGGAUACCUAUCUGACAAUUGUAUUGUAAGUUUGCCAAAGAAUUGUUUGCACUGUAAUGUAUGCCUCUCAACAAUAAUAAAAAAAUAGGCCACAUUUGAAAUACAA